AUGGGGUUGAGCAGUGAACAACUGGUUGAACAGGCACGCUGUAGGGACGCAGAGUUCCCCCCAACUCCAUGGCGGUGGAUCGACGGACCAGGGUUUCGUGUACCCUGGGAAGCAUCUAACCGAGUAGACAUGGAUGGGAUGGCUAGGUGGUGGAAGCUUGUGGACGCCGUCUGGGACUACGAUGUAUGGGGAUAUCCGCCCGCGUUCACACGGUUAUCGGAUGCGGUUGUCUCCAAGCUUCUCCUCAAGAAAUUGCCACGCAGAGGCCAAAUGAGGUUCGAGCGCGAACCGCAGGGUCCAGCGGUGUGGAUUGAGCGCAAGGGCCGAUACUACUAUCCCGAAAUUGGAGGGCGAUAUGUCCUGGGCGGGGAAAUAGCAAGAAUGAUGGAUUCUUGGUUCAUUGAGCCACCAUCGUAUGAUACCAGGAGGGAUUCGAUCUACUUUGGGCGUGUCGAGGUGCCCAACUGGGUAAAGGACCAAGGCGCCAUCAUCAUCUCGUCGCGGGGUGUUACGGGUCUGACAUUCGAUGAUGAGGACCGCGUCUCUUGGGAUGGCAUGUCGGUGACUCCAGUUAUUUGGACCAAGGAAUGGCCAAGUUGUGAUCCUAGUGUCGCUUAUGGUCCAGAUGAGGAACCAGAAGACGCUCAUGACUCCAAAAAGAUAAUCCACGUGAAAAAGGAGGAGGUUAAAAGGGAGGCCGUGAAAAAAGAGGUCAUGAAAAAAGAGAGAAUUGCCAUCAAGUCGGAGGCGGUAAAUGGAAGCCAGAGACUUCACCUUCCGCGUACGCCCAAGCGGAAACCAGAGUCCCAGGUCAACAGUCGCAGCAAACGUAGCAAAGCCACGUCGAGUGAUUUUAAAGAAGAGGACGCUCCGAUCAAGUCAGAGGCGGUAAAUGGAACCUCCGAACUUGACCUUAAGAAUGAACCUGCUACCAAUCCACCUAUCACCACCCCUCAGCAACAGUCUUCAGCACACAACCAGACUCCCCGUAUACUCAAGAGGGAACCAGAGUCCCACAUCGUCACCGGUCACAACAGACGUGGCAGAGCUAGGUCAAGUACCUUGAUCCAGGGCAGCAGGACUGAAUCAUGGGUGGAAAUGGCGUCCACGAUGAUCCGCCAGGCAGUCUCUGCGGACAGGGAACAUCAGGCGCUGAUUCGAAGUAUUCGCGAGGACGUCAAAUCUCUUCAAUCCAGAGUUGAUGCUUUGAAGGCGUCAGCACCGCUGCCUAAAGCUCUAGAGGAUGUCCGGAAACUCAUGGCUGAGCACGAAGACGACGAGCUGGGGACAGAGCAGAUCGCGAGAACGAUGCAAACCAUCCUGCAGAAGCUCCCUUCUUGA